AUGCCCCCUAAGAAAUAGAAGGAUGAUGGAGCACAAAAUAAUGCAGCUAAAAUUACUAUGCUAGAUUUUGAAGCCAAAAGAUUAUAAAUGAGAAUAGUGGAAGAAUAAAUGAGAGCUGAUCGUUCAAAAACAUAAGAAAUGCAGUUACAACAAAAAUAUUUAAGUUUAGACAAAGAUUUCAAAGGAGAAAAAGAAAAAUUAUUCAAUAUAAGUACAGAUAUGAAUAGAUAAUAUAAAUAAAUGUAAGAUGAAUUACUUAAAGAUAUUAAUGAGUUGAAUGCAACUGUCAAAGAGAAAGAUGAGGUUAUUAGUACGUAAAUAAUAAAGUAUGCAUAGAAACCAAAGAAUAAUAGAUAACAGAUUAUAGAGUUAGCUAUGAAGAGAAACUAAAAAAGAAAGAUUANAGCUUACAUCCAAGAAAAGUUAAAGGAAGUGGAUAAGAUCUUGACUAAACAUGAAGAGUAAGUUGAAUAAUCAAGUAAAUUGUAAGUAGCUGAUCGACCUAAAGAAAUAUAAGAUAGAUUAGACAAUAUGGAAAGAUAAAUAAAUCUAUUAACAGAUUAGAGUGAGAAAAUGGGAGAGUAGGGUAAGAUAGAUGAAUCUGAAAGAUUGAUUAUGGAAGCAGACAAUCUAAAAAAGGCUAGAGAGGAUGUAUUAUUAGCAUAUGAGGGUACAAACAACCCAUUUAAAACAUAUAAAAUUUGUGAGGUAUGUGGGGCAAGAUAAUCUCUUUAUGAAACUGAGAAUAAAGUCAAGUAUUAUUUAAUUUCUAAUAUUAGAACACAUUUAGAUGGAAGAAUUCAUUAAGGAUUUUCAACAAUUAGAGUAGAAUUAUAAAAGUUACAGGUUCGUAGAUUGGUAUUAGAGAAAAUAUUGGAUGAGGAAGCACGCAAACAGGAGUUCAAAGAAGAAAUAGCUAAAGAUAAAGAACAAGAAAAAGAUAGAGAAAGAGAAAGAGAAAAAUAUAAAGAAAAAGAAAAAUAUAAAGAUAAAAAAGAAAAAGAUAGAUCUAGGAGUAGAGAAAAUUCAAAAGAGAAAAGUAAAAAAAAAAGCAUUAAAAAAAAGAAGGAUAAAGAUAAAGACACAAGUAAAUCUAGAAAAAAUAAUAAGUAAUAUUGAAUAUCAUAUUAUUAGGAAACAUCAUAAGCAUUGA